CCAGUUUCUAUGGCAACCCGGGGGAGGCGGAGCCUGCGGUUAGAGGGGCGUUGACCGGAAGACGCGGCGGUGACAGGAGGGUCCAGCUUCCCCGGCCGGGGGAUGCCUGCGAGGGGCGCUUGGCGGCGACGGCGGCUCUGCAGGGACCGGAUGGGGGACGCGUCAGCUCCGCAGGCCCACCAGGAAGACUGCAGUGGGAGCUGCUCACGCAAUCGACUGAAAUAGGCCCUGCCCUCUUCCUCCCAUGGAUCCUCUGGGCGCUCCUUCCCAUUUUGUGGACACCGAACGUUUGCCAGGAUGGACUGACCUUCCCCAGGCGGACUCUCAAAGUCUACCUGAAAGAUGCCAAGCCGAUGUCCCGUCGCCCUUCCCAUAUAGGAAGGACAUCAACGCAAAGAUAAUAUUGUGGAAGGGCGACGUAGCGCUGCUGAACUGCACGGCCAUCGUGAACACCAGCAAUGAGUCUCUCACAGAUAAGAAUCCCUUGUCAGAAAGUAUCCUCUUGCAUGCAGGACCUGACCUGAGGGCUGAGCUGCAGAAACUCAAAGGCUGCCGGACAGGGGAGGCCAAGUUGACCAAGGGCUUCAAUCUAGCCGCGCGUUUCAUCAUUCACACGGUGGGGCCCAAAUACAAGAGUCGAUACCGCACAGCCGCAGAGAGUUCCCUGUACAGCUGCUACCGUAACAUACUACAGAUUGCAAAGGAGCAGGCGAUGUCUUCAGUGGGAUUCUGUGUCAUAAAUACCGUGAAACGAGGUUACCCCUUGGUGGAUGCCACCCACAUAGCCUUGCGGACAGUGAGGCGGUUUCUCGAGAUUCAUGGGGAAACCCUUGAAAAAGUGGUGUUUGCAAUGUCUGAGUUUGAAGAGGCCACUUACCAGAAGCUGCUGCCUCUGUAUUUCCCGAGGUCGUUCGAAGAGGAAAGGCGGUCCUUGCCUUUCCUGCCUGCCGAUAUCGGUAACGCAGAAGGGGAGCCAGUGGUGCCCGAGCGUCAGAUCAGAAUUAGCGAAAAGCCAGGCAUUUCAGAAGAUAAUUCUGACGAGGAAGGGCUCGAAGCAGACUUGGCCUUCAUCGGCUCCCACGCUUUUGCCCGCAUGGAAGGGGACGUGGACAAGCAGAGGCGCCUUGUUCUCCAGGGGCAGCUCUCGGAAGCGGCACUGAAGAAGCAGCACCAGAGGAAUUACAGUCGCUGGCUCUGUCAGGCGAGAGCGGAAGACCUCUCUGACAUCGCUUCCCUGAAAGCUUUGUACCAAACAGGCGUGGAUAACUGUGGCCGUACAGUGAUGGCAGUGGUUGGGCGGAAUAUUCCUGUAACGCUAAUAGACAUGGAGAAGGCUCUCUUGUAUUUCAUCCAUGUGAUGGACCACAUUGUAGUGAAAGAGUACGUCAUUGUGUAUUUCCACACGCUCACGAAUGUCUACAAUCACCUGGACUCGGACUUCCUGAAGAAACUCUACGACAUUGUCGACGUCAAGUACAAAAGAAAUCUGAAAGCCCUGUACUUCGUCCAUCCAACAUUUCGCUCAAAGGUGUCGACGUGGUUUUUCACCACCUUCACCAUCUCGGGCCUGAAGGACAAAAUCCACCAAAUCGAAAGCCUCCAGCAGUUGUUCACAGCCAUUCCCCCCGAACAGAUUGACUUCCCGCCGUUCGUCCUAGAAUACGACGCCAGGGAAAACGGGCCCUACUAUUCUUACCCUUCUUCUCCAGACCUCUGACCCCGCCGCUCUGCCGUUAUCUCUGGUUUCCUGAGGACCCUCCCCGUGACCCACCGCUUGCCAACGCCGUUGGUGCUGAGCUGCCCCGAUCCGUGUACAGAGAUCAGAGGGACGGGUUUUCCUCCCCACCUCUGGCUAUUUUUUUACAAGCGACCUUCGCAAGCACACAAGCAAUCAGGAUCCUGUAUCUUUAGGAACAGUCAUGGUGUCAGAUCUCUCUCUCUCCCUCUCCAGUGGAAAAGCUGGUUCUGGACUUCUGGAGUAGAUUUGAUUUUCUCUCCCCCCCCGGAUAUCAAGACUUCGUUCCUCACAAAACCAGCUUUCUCAAGAGGUACCAGGAGCGGGUCUUAAUCUUAUCCUGCAAGGUCUCAGCUUUUCCGUCACUGUCCUGUUCUGGAGUGGUUGGAGGGGAGGGGGGGGGG